GACUCAACAUUAUUUAAUUCCUUCUUUCACCCCCAAAAUUUGCAAGACGCGUAUCCAAACAAAUCGGACAUUGCCAGAAAAAGCUGAACGCUCCAGAAUUUCCUUAGGAUAAGCAAAAAAUCAUGGAAAGAAAGAGAAAGUUACCUGCGAGGUCUUCUCGUGGAGGAGAGCCUGCAAACAAAAAACGAACUGCUACACCUCCAGAUCGAUCAAUUUCAGCAACUCCACAACCACCCAUUGAAGAAACUCUUCCAAAGAGCAUUGUUGCCGGCAUGCCUUUGCCUACUGUCGAUGAGCCUCAAUCCGACAAUCUUUCUUCCAAAGAUUUCCAAACAAUUUCCGAAAGCGGAGUUCUUGCGGAAUCACUACAAAGAUCACGACAGAAAUGGGUCAGCGAAGGUAUAUUUGAAAAGUAUUGGACGAAACCGACGAAGAAGAAGGGUGUCCCUGCAGAACCUGUGAACAAUCCAGGAAAGGAUACAAUGACGAAGCUUGGAACAUGCCAAAUCACCAUCGAACCUCAUGUAUUCGAUGCUACUAUGUAUGCUAUUAAGGAACCAAAGUCUGCCUUUCAACCUACUCAACAACAACAAAUGUAUCGCCCAAUUAUUCAAUAUGGUCCUCCAAAUGGAGUUAUGCCACCACUUGCUCCCACACAAGCACCUAGUCCGGCACACCAGAAACCAGUCCAGACAACACAGCCAACGGUACACACCAUGGCUCCAAACCAUCCUGCACCGACCGCCCCAAUGGUUCUCAAUCCUCCUCCUCCUCCUCCUCCUCUUCCUGCCCAAGCACCGCCGAUGAGUAGCGCUCCAAUGAGUGGACAAACUCCUACACAGGGUCCAAACAACCCGAAUGCCAAUUUACCUCAACCACUUAGCACAGCGCAGCCAGUCCAGCCAGUCCAGCCAGCCCAGCCAAACAAGAGUACAGAUCCUGUUAUUCAAAUGUUAGCAGAGAGAGCUGCGACCGAUCAGCAGUUGAAGGGCUUAAUGAGGAUCGUAGCAAAUGGUGAAGCGACAUCUUCUGAACUGAGACAGUUUCAGAAUCAUAUUGAUGAGUUGAAUGCGAUAUCAAAAGCACGCCAAAAAUCUGCUGCUCAAUCUGCCGCCCAAUUACCCAUCAACGCCAACUCGCAACCACCACCACCUACAACUCAACUUAGUGGACCACCAAAUGCACCGGUCGCCAAACCUGCUCCACCCCCGGCACCCGCUCCUAUUUGCGCACCACCUCAGCAGCCUCAGGCCCUUCGAUCCAAAGGUCCAGUAGCUCCACCUAAGCCAGAUAUUUCUGGUGUUGUAUUUGAGUUCAAUGGGGGUAACGGUGAUCGCUACCUUUUCCCGAAAUACAGUAUUCUCGACUAUCUUCCCGGUGGCCAAGUCAUAGCCUCAUUUCUUAUUGUCCGUAAAGGCAGUAGCAGCGAUUCCCCCUCGUAUGACCCGGAGCUCGAUUAUUACCAGCCAGUCACCAUUCGUCUCUAUACCCACCAAGGCAAACAACUCGACUCAUUACAAAAGGUUGUUGCUUCCCCAGAUGAGGUCCGUAGAUAUAUGGAGGAUAUCAUGGAUAACACGACAAGAGCCGAAUAUGUUUUAUUGGCCAUGCGUCUGCCUAAGGAUACUGAACCCGAAAAAGAAGGUACACCUACAAAUUCUUCAGAUCAGCCAGAAUCGGACGCCAACAACCCUAAUUUACCACUCUGGCAAACUACAAAUGCACCCCCACCAGUAGCAAAGCUGCCAUUGAAAAAAAUUCUCACCGAGGAGGAAAAAUAUCAAUCUUACAUCAAAGCAGUCAGUUGAACUCUCUACUUGAAUGUGUUUAUAGUCAUAGGCAAGAGAUUUUCAUUUGUUUGUAUUAAUUACUAUAAUUGGAGGGCGCAAUAUGGAAUGAAACGGAAACAUGGAUGGAUUUGGACAAUGGAAAACGGUGGGGAAAGAUGGAGAUACUCAAAAGACAUUUUUACAAAAUGAUGGGAGGCAAACAAGGGGCUGGAUGGGAUGGCGUAUCAAGGCAUAGGAAAGCACAUUUACUUAUACCUUGGGUCAAAUAUUUCUUUUCGUUUACGAUCUAACUUAUAUCGAUUUAAUGCACUGGGGUAUGAUAUUUGAAGGUUGAGGAAACCAUUAUGAAUAGCGGGUGUCAAUGUAUUCUAGGUCGAACGAUGAUGGGCAGGUGACCAAAUUAGGCGAUUAAAUUAGGGGAGAUAAUUACA